AUGACCCAGCUGAGGGGCUAUAAUGUCAUUUACCCUCCUGCUAUUACUGGAGGCAAGUUGAUCAGUAGACUCUUCGAUGUCUUCAGUCACUUGUUUUACAAACCAGAGCUUCAGUUGGGCAAAUCACAAUUAGGGCAAAACACGAUCACCAUUACGGCAAUGCAGAAGACCAUUAGGGCAAAGCACCAAGAUGAUACAUCUUAUUAUACAACAGUCACAAUGGAGAAUCAUCAGGUUAAUGGUGAUGUCUCAGUUGAUAAAGGGAAAAGGGUAGUAUCAGAGUCUGAUGCAUCAGACAGUGAAUACGAACCUGAUUGUGAAUCUAGUGAAUGUAAAGGAAGCCAAGGUGAAGGGAGCCAAGCUGUUAUUAUCCAAGCUGGAGUGAGUCAACCUGCUGUGAGCCAAUCUGAUGUGAGCCAAGGUGGAGGGAGCCAAGCUGUUGUUAUCCAAGCUGGAGUGAGUCAACCUACUGUGAGCCAAUCUAAUGUUGUUUGUGUAGUCAACACUAUUUACAGGGAUUUAUGGAUAUGUCAUAGUAGUGCUGUGGCUUUUUUGCAUUAG